AUGAGGAAGUUUUCUGUUGGGUUGGACUUGGGGUCGCAGCAGAUUGCCCUGGCUGUGUUCGAUCAUGAGAGGCAGUGCUCAGUACCUCUUGAGAUCAGCGGGGACAAGACGAUGCCCACCUGCAUCUCGUUCGAGGGUGACAACACCAUCGUGGGGAAGAGAGCCGAGAGCCGUUCUGCACGCAAGUGUGAAGGGGUUCUGUGUGCGUACAGGCAGAUGCUGUAUGGGAUGCGGCAGGAGUGGAGGAUGCAUAGGGAGAUGUGCCGACAGCGAUGGCACUUUGGGGUCUCUAUGGACGAGGCUGAUGGAUCUCAGGACAAGGCGUCUGAGAGCGAGCACAGUGACAGCUGCUACGUCGUUCAGGGGGAAGUUGUGAAGAUUGAGGAGGUCAUUCGGAAGAUCAUUGAAGUUGUUUGCACCACUCUCAUCGAUGCGAUCCGGAGUGGAGGAGCGCUGGAAGUGAACGAUGGGCAAAUCCCAAGUUUCAUCAACUUUGCUUGUUCUGUUCCUGAAUGUCUGAGUGAAGAACAAAGGGGCGUGAUAUCAGCUGGAAUCAAGGAGGCACUGGAGGAGGGGCUCGGGCCAAACAUUCCGCUCCUCCUAGUCAACGAGACCCUUGCCAUCGCCAUGCAGUACUCCUCAAUCCCUCCCAUCAUCCCCAAGACAUUUAUGUGCAUCGACCUCGGAGCGUCCAAACUGACUGUCUCCAUAUUCGAGCUGAAGAAGAAGGAUGUCGACUCCUUCUGCUUGCAAGAGGUGAUGUCGAGGACAAACGUGUUCGUGAGCGGCAGCGAGAUCGAGUACAAGCUGAUGCAGUGGUGCGAGAAGCAUAAACCCUUCGCUGAAAGCGUGCUGGGCUCCUCCUCCUCCCGCUUCAAGCUGCGGCGAGACGUGCGGGGAGCCAUGAAGACGCUUACGGUGGCGGAAGAGGCGAUGAUUGAGACAGACAACUUGGCUGGAGGAAACGAUCUGCAAGUGAUGCUGACGCUAGAGGACUUCGAGCAUGAGUGCAAGGACAUCUUCGACUCGGUCCUCCUCCUCCUGGAGUUCGUCGCCAAGGAGAGCAACGUUGGAUACCCUCAGGAGGUCAUCCUGACAGGAGGAGCGAUGCGCAUCCCGUGCCUUCAGAGGAGAAUCCAGCAGCUGCUGUCCCCGCACGGGUCGAGCAUCAGGAAGACGGUGGACAUGGACAGAGGAAUCUCCCUUGGCGCUGCGAUGAUCGCGGCCAUCAAGCACGACCCGUCAGUGGUGAAGAUGCCGCUCGACCCGACGUCGCCGUUCGAGGAGAACUCUUCGAGACAGAUCCUGAGGGUCACCAAGGACGGACGUCUAUCCCACGUCGCUCCCAGGGUGGAGAAAGGAAGAGACGUGGAGGAGUUCAACGCCAAGAUCGAAGACAUUCAAGUGAAGGAGCUGGAGGGUCAAGUCUCUGACAAGUCGGCUGGAGUUCCUUCCCCUGUCGCCCAGCCCACCAGCCCUGGCUCUGAGUUCGCCAUCGCGCGAGCCAACGCGCUUGAAAGUGAAUCUUCGCGUCUCCGGGAGCAAGUCGACGUCUUGCGCUCCCGCCUCUCCGCGGCUGAGGGGCAGUGCCGCAUCCUCUCCCAGAAGCAACACGUCUCGCUCUCCUCCUCCUCCUCCUCCUCUGACUUGCUGCGUCAGAGCGCGGAACUCGCCGUCAAGGAGGCGCAAGCAACCAAGGAGGAAGCGAUGAAGAAGGUCUCGGACAUGGAGGAGACGAUGAGGAGGAUGCGGGAGGAGGUGGAGGAGGCGAAGAAAGAGAAGAUGCGGAUUGAAGAUCAGCUCUACGAUUCUCUCGGCGCUCACACAGAAGUAGACAAGCAGGUGAAGGUGUUGACUAGUCGGCUCAAGGAGGCUGAGAAUAAUUUGUCAAAAUCGCAAAAGUCCUUGAGCUCAGAAUCUCAAAGGCAUGCUGUUGUUGAAGAGAAAUUGCAGUCUGAUCUAGAAGUUGCUCAGAAGAGGAUCAAGCUCUUUGCGAUUGUGCCUGUUCAGAACCUUCAGCAGCAGUCUCUCUUUGCCCCCGAGACCACGGGCUGGGGAACUUUCGAUGGAUGCAGCGGCUGGUGGGUUCAGGACACCUACUCCUGCAGCUCUCCCCCCUGCAAUGGAGCUGAGACUGGAUGGGGAUAUGCCCAGGACGCCAGCCCUGGCUGCCCCCUCAAGACCAAGGGCGCUGCUGUCUUCCUCUAAGCGAAGUUGGAUAACAUCGAGCGACGUGAAGCUCUAGAUGCAAAUUUUUUUCAUCAAAACUCAGCAAGUUUGUCAA